AGAAGGAAGGAGCAUUGCUGCCUGUGGACGCCGGGAAGGAAAAAGCACCAGCCGCCCGUGGACCCUGGGAAGGAGGGAGCAUUGCCGCCCGUGGACGCGGGGAAGGAGGGAGCAUUGCGGCCCGUUCCCUGGCUGCGUGCCCUCCCCUUGUCUCCUCCACCCAAGAGCGAAGUCGAAGCUCUUUUUCCAAAGCUCUGUCUCCCCCACCUCCUCCAGCUUCCCUCUAAGAGUUCCUGUUGAUGUCCUCCGCCCCCAGUCCACAGUCCAGGAGCCAAGAAUUCAUGGCAGACCCCGAGCCACAGCUCGCCAGAUCACUCGCUCAUUGUUACUCAUCCGGGGUUUUCGACUUUCUGUUUUCAUGAAGGACACGGUAAGUGCCCCUGGGCAGCGGCUCCUCUGGAGCUCCAGUCCGAGAACCUCGGGGGUGAAAUUCUUCUCUCAGCUCCGCCCCCGCCCAGGCCGCUCUACCAUCCCAUGAGAGGCUGGAGUUGGAAGCCCCUUGACAUCCCGGCCUCCAUGGGCAUGAGCAACCCGAGCACCCAGACCUCGGCUUCUCAGUACCGUGUUCCAUUCAAAGUGGCCACGACUCCUGGGAGAAUUGGCCAGCUCCAGCCUGGGCAGGGUAAACACCAGAGGCUUGUAAGAGAUCGCGACCCUCCAGGGCUACGAGGCCGUGCCCCAGCACUCAGGAGCCUGCUUGAUGGUGGGGCGGGGGGGGCGGGUGGGAGCUGACAGUGCCAAGAGAUGGCCUGGGGCACAAGCGGCCCCACAGCUCAGGCUCAGACAAGCAGCUGGAAGCCUGGUGCGCGUGGAUGUCCCCAUGGCUUUAAAGGACGCCCCACAGAACACGGAUUAAUCAUAAUAGAGAGAAAGGACAGCGUUGCAGGGGAGGCUGCAGAUACGGCAUCAAUUAAACCGUCAGCGUUCACGUCACCAGAGACCGCCCAGGGUGAGAUUUUACACCCGCCGCCAGGACACCUGCAAGAAGCGCAGCCUCACCCCCUGUUGUCCCCGCCCACCCAGGAUCUCAUCACCAGGAAUCCAGAGGCAAAGCAGUCCGAGUGCCCACAGCACGGAGGGGCCAGGAGCCUGCACAGGCUGACAGAGAUGGAGGAGAGAUGGCGGCUUGGGGAAGGGCGUGACACCAUCAGACUCCGCUCUCAGAACCUCGUGGGGACAGUGGUCAGGCUGCAGUGGGACCUUGCAGGGACCUGUCCAUUCUGACGAUGCUGCUGGCUUGUGAAUGUCCUUGUGUGCAGGAAACACACCAAAGAGCCUGGCUGUGUGGACCACGGUGCAGCCCAGCUGCGCAUACUGCGUUUCCUGUACCAUACUCGGCACUCCGGCCUUGCCUGCGCACUGCCUGAGUCUGCAUUAUCUCUGUGUGUAACUCGGCCCCACCCUGGGAUCCGGGGAGGCUGAUCCCCCACGGGCCUCCCCCAACCUGAGCAGCACCCUCCUGGCCACUGUCCACUGCUGCCUGAGGCCCUGCCCCAGCAGAAGGCACAGGCUGGGGCAGGCCUGCAAGAAUGGCCAGGAGGGGGCUCCCAGGGUCGAGGCAUCUGAGCAGCACCCUGCAGGACGGGCAGGCCCCUCAUGCCCCGGGCACCCGCACAGGGCCUGCGAUCUCAUGCAUUCGAAUGGUGCCGAAUGGGCCAGGGUGUCCUGGGGGAUCCUGUCGGGCACCCUCCUCAGCUCUUCCACCUUCCACAUGAGGACUCGGCGCCCAGCACCUUCCUGUGCAAGAAGUCAGGGAGUUCGAGACGAGAUCAAGGCUGAUCCAGGCCUUGCGCGGCUCCUGCUCACAGGAUCCUGGGGACCGUUUCAAGAAGAGCCUCAGGACACGGAGAAUGCUCACUUUCCCGGCUGUCCCCGCCAGGCAAGAGGGCCCGGGGGUGGAGGGAAUCCAGGGGACACGGUCCUCACCCCACUGUCAGCGCCGGCAGACCCCAACACUCAUCCCCCAGCCCCAGGAACACAACCCGCCCUGCCGCCCCUCGCCAGGCCCUGCUGGGUGUCCACCCUCUGCAGCAGCAGUUGGGGGAGGAGACGUGCUGGGGAGGGGCCCAGGCCUGGGAGGGCGCUGCCCUUCCUUUCACUCCCCUGCCAGGCAGUGCCUGCGCCCACCCUCAUCCCCACCCCCGCUGACCCCCCGCGGGCUGGGAGGAAAUGUAAUGAGCGCAGGGCAGUGUCUUUGGUGCUGCUGGGGUGGAGUCAGGGGCCAGAUCCCAUCGUGAAUUUGACAGAAAAGGAAAUGGGCUCCGAGCGCAGGUGAGGCUCAGCCAGGGCUCCGCGGCUCUCACCCAAGAGCUGAGCUCCAACCUUCCUGGCCCGGCUCCGUUUCCCGAGCUGUGGAAAAUGCCUGUCCACCCGGCAUGGCUAGGUAGUGCCUGCCUCCCCCACGCCAGCCACGGGCCGGCUCCCCAGUCCUCUGUGGGAGGGUUGCUGGUCUCUGUUAAAAGCCCCCCGGGUGACGUGCAUGCCGCCAGGGCCUGUGCCCCCGGGAGACACUCUGGGGAGGGGCCACCACAAGGAAACCUCAGUCCAAGCUGUCCAGCGGAGGCUGGGCAUGGCUGUGCCAGCACAGAAAGGCAGGUAGGGGUCUCCGGGGCAGGCAGCUCUCCCCCUGGCCCAGCCCCCUGUGUGAAGUGCUCAGCCUGGGUAGGAACGUGCUUCCCACUCAGCCUCCUCCAAGCCGCUGGAGGUCCCACUGGUUCCCCAAAUGGCUUCUGUCCUGAGCCGUGGGCUCCUGACCACGCACCUACCUUGCACGGUCUGAACAAGAGUCUGCGCCAGGGACCCCGCUCAGGAGGGGCACAGAGGAAGCCAAGGGCCCACACAGGUGAGGGGGUCUCGGGUCUGAACCUCACCCAGCCCAGGCUCAGCAGCAGCCUCAGAAUUUCCUGGCAUCUACUUGCCUGUGUUGCAACCCAAGUGGGGUGUGCACGCCGCCUGAGAGAGAAAACACUCGGGGAGGAUUAUGUAAGCGCUUUCCUCCCCAGCACAGGGCCGUCUUGGGCGCAUUGAGACCAGACCAUGUGCAAAAGCACUCGGGAGAGUGGCAGGAGCUGAGCCACCAGAGGGGGAUUAACCCCUUCCGGGAUGCUGGCGGCUUGUCCUGGGGAACGUGGGGCUGGUCAGGACUGCAGGACACGGAGGGGCGGAGUGUGAAUGUGGAGGCACCUGUGCUGCGUGAUUUUCCACAAGUUGUCUAACCUCUCUGUGCCUUCAUUGCCUGACUCGGCUGUUUCCAAUGCAGCUGAUUUUAACAGCACCUGUUUCAUGAGGCCACAGCCAGGAUUCUGGGAGGCAAAGCACAGA